GAAGAGAUGACGAUUUUCGUUGAUUCCCCCCCCCCCUCCCCCAAGUGUUAUAUUUCUAUUUAAAGCCACAUUUGGUUUGUGUGCAUGUAGACAGUGAAGGUACAAUCAAGUCUUUUUCUUAGCAACUUUCAACAAUGUUUUUCCUAUACCAUUUAUUUAUUUAUGGCUUUGCUGUUGCUUGCAGAUAAGUGUUGUUGGUUUUUUGUUUUUUUGUUUUUUUUGUUCCUCGUGAUCAUUCAAAAGAAGAAAUAAAGAAAACAAAACACAAGAAAAGAAAGAUGCAACCUAAACUCUUUAUGACAGCAUUGAUACGCCACAGGUCUGACCAGCUGAGAAUCACGAAGGCAGACACAUUUCUGAAAAAGACCGGACUCAUAAUAACAUUUAGAUAUAAUAACAUUUUGAACCGGGUCUGCUGUACGGGGCUCUUGUGAGGGAGGCAGCAGUGAAUUAAAAGUGGAAUGCGAGGCUCUGAUUGGUCCUCCGGCUCCUGGCUAAACCCACUCUCUUUCAUCCAUAAAAGAAAGGCCGGGGAGCCUAUGGGAGCGCGCGGCUGUCUCCUCCUACGACAUGCACGAAAGUUGGCCACUUAAACUACUUCCAACCAGCCAGCAGACAUUAUACUAAACCCAAACCACACCAAGGGAAAAGAAUAACAUUGCCUUUUCCCCCCCCUCCUUCCUCCAAAUUCACACACAACUUUUGGUGCUUGCAGCUCCCUCCAUUUUGCAGACUUCCCCGCUUUAAGGUUUUUUUUUUUGUUCUUUUUCAAUUUCAUUUGUUACUGCCUUUAUUUUUUUUAAUUUUUAUAUUCGAUACAUUCAUCGCACCAGAGGGGAGCAUCCACUUGCAUCUUCCCCCGGGUGGAAGGAGGGCUGGUCCAGUUUCUCCGCCUGGGAUUGGGAUUUGACAGCACGCGCAGCAUCUUUUGAAGCAUUUUUUUUUUUUUGAAGACAUUCCGGUAUUUUUUAUUUCCGUUCUUCACAUUUGGACUCUGCGAGAGUGCAGCAGGUCUGAGUCCGUUUUUGUUGUUCGCGUGAGUGGCUGGAUGAUGGCUACUUUGCCAGGAACGAUGCCUCGGAUGAUGCGCCCUGCGCCAGGCCAGAACUACCCCCGAACCGGCUUCCCCCUGGAAGUAUCCACGCCUCUGGGCCAGGGGAGGGUGAACCAGCUCGGUGGAGUGUUCAUCAACGGGAGGCCACUGCCAAAUCACAUCCGACACAAGAUCGUGGAGAUGGCACACCACGGCAUCCGACCCUGCGUAAUCUCGCGACAACUGCGAGUGUCUCACGGCUGCGUGUCCAAGAUCCUCUGCCGGUACCAGGAGACCGGCUCCAUCCGCCCGGGGGCCAUCGGAGGCAGCAAGCCCAGGCAGGUGGCAACUCCCGACGUGGAGAAGCGGAUCGAGGAGUACAAGAGAGAAAACCCGGGUAUGUUCAGCUGGGAGAUCCGGGAUAAGCUGCUGAAGGACGGGGUGUGCGACAGAAGCACGGUUCCUUCAGGUGAGGCUUCAUCUGUGAGCUCCAUCAGCCGCGUAUUGAGGGCCCGAUUUGGCAAAAAAGAUGACGAGGAUGACUGUGAUAAGAAGGAUGAAGAUGGAGAAAAGAAAACAAAGCAUAGCAUCGAUGGCAUCCUCGGUGAUAAAUGUAACCGCACAGAUGACGGUUCGGAUGUCGAUUCGGAGCCCGACUUGCCCUUGAAGAGGAAGCAGCGGCGCAGUCGCACCACCUUCACUGCCGAGCAGCUGGAGGAGCUGGAGAAGGCGUUCGAGAGGACACAUUACCCAGACAUCUACACCAGAGAGGAGCUGGCGCAGAGGACAAAACUCACAGAGGCCAGAGUGCAGGUGUGGUUCAGCAACAGGCGAGCUCGGUGGCGCAAACAGGCCGGGGCCAACCAACUAGCGGCCUUCAACCACCUGCUGCCCGGAGGAUUCCCGCCCACAGGCAUGCCAACUUUACCCACAUACCAGCUCCAGGAGUCCAGCUACCCCAGCGCCGCGCUAUCGCAGGAGGGCAGCACAUUGCACAGACCCCAGCCCCUGCCUCCAUCCUCCAUGCACCAGGGAGGUCUGGGUGCCGACAGCGGCGCUGCUUAUGGCCUGUCAUCCAAUCGCCACAGCUUCUCCAGCUACUCUGAUACUUUCAUGAGCCCGUCAGCAUCCAGCAACCACAUGAACGCCGUUGGCAACGGUCUGUCCCCACAGGUGAUGAGUAUCCUGAGUAACCCCAGCGCCGUGCCCUCCCAGUCGCAGCACGACUUUUCCAUUUCCCCCCUGCACGGCAGCCUGGAGAGCUCCAACCCCAUCUCAGCCAGCUGCAGCCAGCGCUCUGACACCAUCAAGGGUGUGGACAGCCUGGCCUCCUCCCAGUCAUACUGCCCCCCGACCUACAGUGCCACCAGCUACAGCGUGGACCCCGUCACCGCAGGCUACCAGUACAGCCAGUAUGGCCAGACUGCUGUAGACUACCUAGCGAAGAACGUGAGCUUGUCCACCCAGAGGAGGAUGAAACUCGGAGACCACUCGGCCGUGUUGGGACUCCUGCAGGUGGAGACGGGACAGGCCUACUGAAGCCCCUCGGGGGCCACACCCUGGACCUCACUCCUCCACCCUCUGCCACCCUCCUCCAUGCUCCAUCAAGUCUGGACUCCAGCUCGCCUCACGGCUGCUCGGUCUGCAGCCCGGGGCCAUGACAUCAGUGUACAGACACGAAGCCUUCGCAGUGAAAGUGACACUUGCGGGUGUGAGAAGGAUCUUCUGGGAAUGGAACUAAAGGUUUCAAACCAUUGUCAACCACUAGGCGGCUCUGCGCCCUCUCUACUAAAGUCUUUGGGCACCACCGCCCCAUCUCCUUGAACCCGUACCCCAAACCCUGAUUUGUUUUACUCAGAGAGCCAGACAGGAGCCCAGACGACCCAAGAACGGCCGUCUGCCUUGGGCAGGGUUCCUCUUGGACAUGGCCUCAGUCCAACACACAAUUAGAGCCAUCAACGACAUGUACUUUGACCUAGCUGUUCAUAGUAGUUAACAAAAGCCAAUAUCAUUUAAGUGACUCUUAUUCCUGUUCCUUUUUGAUAUUGUUAAGAUUAUUGUUGCUGUUAUAUGAUUAUGGUUAAUGUGAUUUAUGUUGUUCUUUGAUUCCAUUCGUAUCUCUUUUCUCUGUUAGAUGUCGGUGUGUAAAAACACAGUGGAUGACUGGGGCGAUGUGGGAGUUGAGUGUGUGUGUGUGUGUGUGUGUGUGUGUGUGUGUGUUUGCGUGUUCGGCACAGUCACACACUAGAGGAUGAUUGUUUUCCAAGCUGCUGCUCCUCGGCCGGUUCCCUGAGCGCUAAUGUUCAUGAGCGAUUUGACCUUCCCACUUUCAUAUUCAUCUUGACAUUCCUAAAGAACUUGGCCACUCGGUGGGAAGUCUGGCUGGAUGGAUUCUGCGGGGAAUUGAAGCAGUGCUUUCGGUGGCCAAUAGCAUUCCCCUCUAACCUCCAUCCCAUCCUUAGCCAUGGUCCAUGGGGAGGGGGGCAUUGUUUGCAAAAACAGGAUUGGGGAAAUUAAUGUAUUUUGUUUAGAAAUAUGGACCUUGCCAAGGAGGGCCAACUCAACCCCCCCUGCUCCUCCCAAAUCCCCAUCUGCCAGGAAUCCUGUGUGACUUAAACAGUGUAAAGCAGAUUAAAUCACACAAAUAUAAUGUCAACGCUAAUUCACAGUGACCCUUCCCAUUACCAUUCUGGCUUUCUGUGGGGUUUUUUUUCUUUUCUUUUAGAGCAUUAAUUAGCACAUUCUGUAAAUGCACCUUCAGUCGUUUUCCACCUCCAGACUAAAUAAUCAUUCCUUCGAAAACAUUCCUCGGGCUCCAUCUUACAAAUACACUAUGAGCAUUCCAGCGCUUUCUGUUAUGAGAUUAAGAAGCAAGCAAGCUGCGCCAUUCACGUGCACUCUGGAAAAUCUCAUAAUCCAGUCAGUUGUGAAAGGGCACAGGUAACGCCACUGAUUGCCCCCCUCCCCUCCUCUGGUUUGGACAGGAGGACCCCCCCUCUCUAAUCCUCCACUUUGACGUAGUCACUGAAAUGUACAAAAAGAAGAUUUUUUUUUUUGAAAGAAUAGUGAUUUGACAUUUGUGUAGCACGCAUAGUUGACUCGACGCGAUCCAGGACCUGCUGUUCCCGCGAGAUGUGUGUGACUUUUUUAUUUUUGCCAUUGGCAUCAGUGUGAUAUUGAUGAUGUACACAGACAGAAUUAGGUCCUUAGUCGCCUUUAAAAUCCGAAACAUGUACAGUAGCUGGAGCAGAUUGUGUAUCGUUUGUUUAUAAAGAGUAUGUUUUAUACUAAAACAAAACUAUGUCGAGUGGUAGCUAAGCGAAGGAUCCGUGGAGGUAAACGUUUGAUUUGAGUUUUAUUUUACUUGUAUUUAAUUGGUUUAGCUGUUUUGACCAAAAGAUUGUUUUGGUUUUUUCUUUUUCUUUUUUUCGAGCCCAGGUGAGAAUGAAUUUGUAUAAAUUUAGUAAAAUAUGAAUUCCAUGAAAAAUGUUAUGGUUAAAAUUGUAUUAAAGAGGACCGACCUGAGGUCAAAGGAAGAUGAAACACAGAUAGUCUCCCUGCACCACAGGACCACUGUACAUCUGAAGGUGGCUGGAUAAACGUCUUUACACGUCGGAGCCUUUUGAGGGUGUUUUUGACCACCAGAUCUCACAGACUGAUUAUUAGUGCAGACCAGACUUGACUUGUACCACGAACCUCACACACCUGAACUCCUGAGCCCUCGGUGUGGGACCAGUGACGAUGAAGCCGUUGGAGUUAGCCUCUCCUGCACGUGGGAAACGGACCGGAGUCUUGUUUUUGAUUUGUGGACCAAUGACAACUUCUGGAGGAAAAAGUCAAAGUAACGUCGACUCCGCACUGAAUUGCAGCGGUUCCAGCUGCUCCGCUCAGACGCCGCACUCGUGUGUAUAUUUUAAAAAGGAAUUUUAGAAUCGUCUUUAGUGUAUCAAGCCCAUUUCUAACACUUGCGUCAAUAAACAUUUGGAUAUUUAAAGCAUCACAAUUCCUUAUCCCCCUUCCGUCUGUUUGACCCUUAACCUUUUUUAAGUUUCUUUCUGACAUCUGUGCUUUGCUUUACUCCUUUUUUUCUGUUCCGCAUGUGUAUAUAUUAUCAUUGUAUAAUUUAUUCUGCUGUAUGAAGUAUUAGAAUAGUGGGAAACUUGUAUUGGUAUUUACUACCUUCAGCCUGUUGGUGUGUUUACUGUAACACUGGCGUAACUGUUAUCAAUUAAAGAUCCAAAAUUUCUGCCA